GCGAUCAACACAUCACUCGGUCCGUUCUCUGUGAAGUUGGUUCCCUCGUCCAUCCUCCUCAUCACCGCCGACAAACCAGCCAACCGACACAAUGGCCCGCGGAAUCAAGAAGCACCAGAAGCGCCUCAGCGCCCCCUCGCACUGGCUGCUUGACAAGCUGUCCGGCACCUACGCUCCCAAGCCUUCUGCCGGUCCUCACAAGCUCCGCGACUGCAUGCCUCUGAUCGUCUUCAUCCGAAACCGCCUCAAGUAUGCUCUCAACUACCGCGAGACCAAGGCCAUCCUGAUGCAGCGACUGGUCAAGGUCGACGGCAAGGUCCGCACCGAUUCCACCUACCCCUCCGGUUUCAUGGACGUUAUCACUAUCGAGAAGACUGGCGAGAACUUCCGUCUUGUCUACGAUACCAAGGGCCGAUUCACCGUCCACCGAAUCCAGGCUGAGGAGGCUGAGUACAAGCUUGGCAAGGUCAAGCGUGUCCAGCUUGGUCGCGGUGGAAUCCCAUUCUUGGUCACGCACGAUGCACGAACUAUCCGCUACCCUGACCCUCUGAUCAAGGUCAACGACACUGUCAAGAUUGACCUCGCCACUGGCAAGAUCACAGACUUCAUCAAGUUCGACACUGGCGCCGUCGUCAUGGUCACUGGUGGUCGUAACAUGGGUCGUGUUGGCGUUAUCACUCACCGUGAGCGUCACGAUGGAGGUUUCAACAUCGUCCACGUCAAGGAUGCCAUUGACAACAGCUUUGCUACCCGUGAGAGCAACGUUUUCGUCAUCGGCCAGGACAAGCCCUGGAUCUCUCUGCCCAAGGGCAAGGGUGUCAAGCUCACCAUCGCUGAGGAGCGUGACCGCCGACGUGCUUACGCCAUCUCUCACUAAAAUGUGGAUUUGCGAUUGGAAUGGUAAAAAAUGGCAUGUGGAAUGGAGUCUCGGAUUUGACGUUUGCUUUGCGGCUUUAACUACCCUGGAGAUAGCCGGCCCCCAUGAGGCUACGAUAAAAGAUGAAUUUGAGCCCAACAGAAGUGUCGAUUCCUGACAGAAAUCUCUCUCGAACCGUGAUGGAAGUGAACUGAAGACGUUGCCCUCAAUCUUUCGGCACGCCAGCGAAAACGUCACUGCCAUCCGAACGUCCCACAACUAUGAUAAUAUAUCGCAUCAC